GCUCCGGGCGCAGCCAUGGCCCCGGCCCUCUGGCCGCGCCUCAGCCGCGUCCUCUGGCUCGCCUGCCUCCUGCCCUUGGCCCCGGCUAGGGUGGCCGCAGGGCUGUAUGAACUCCACCUCACCACCGAUGGCCCUGCCACCACGGGGGCAGAGGUGACCAUCACAGCCAGCCUGGUGGCCAGUGACAAUGGCAGCCUGGUCCUGCCCACCAGCACCCGCCUCUACCACUUCCACUGGAUCCAUACCCCACUGCUGCUCACGGGGAAGACUGAUGAGGCUUUCAGCUCCACCAUCCGCGCCGUGGGGACCAUGCCCGGGGACUUCCCGGUCUCCGUCUGGGUCACCGCUGCCGACUGCUGGACGUGCCAGCCUGUGGCGAGGAGCCUCCUUGUCCUCCCCAUCACAGAGCUCCUUGUGGGGAACCUCGUUGUCACCCAGAACACCUCCCUGCCCUGGCCCAGCUCUUACCUCACCAAGACAGUCCUUAAAGUUUCCUUCCUCCUCCAUGACCCGAGCAACUUCUUCAAGACGGCCUCAUUUCUCUACAACUGGGACUUCGGAGAUGGCACCCAGAUGGUGACGGAAGAUGCUAUGGUCUAUUACAACUAUUCCAUCAUUGGAACCUUCACCGUGAAGCUCAAGGUGGUGGCCGAGUGGGAACAGGCAACGCAGAACGCUGGGAAGGGCAUUAUGCAGAAGACAGGCGACUUCUCUGCCUCGCUGAAGCUGCAGGAGACCCUUCGAGGCAUCCAGGUCUUGGGGCCCACCCUAAUUCAGACUUUCCAAAAGAUGACAGUGACCUUGAACUUCCUGGGGAGCCCCCCUCUGACCGUGUGCUGGCGUCUCAAGCCCGAGUGCCUGCCGCUGGAGGAGGGAGAAUGCCAGCCCACGUCGGUGGCCAGCACGGCCUACAACCUGACCCACACCUUCAGGGAUCCCGGGGAUUACUGCUUCAGCAUCCGGGCUGAGAACGUCAUCAGCAAGACACACCAGUACCAUAGGAUCCAGGUGUGGCCCUCCAGCAUCCAGCCAGCUGUCUUUGCUUUCCCGUGUGCCACGCUGAUCACCAUGAUGCUGGCCUUCAUCAUGUACAUGACCCUCCGGAAUGCCGCUCACCAGAAGGACAUGGUAGAGGUGGCUGAUUUUGACUUUUCCCCCAUGUCUGACAAGAACCCCGAGCCGCCCGCCGGGGCCCGGUGCUGUCACCACAUGUGCUGUGGGCCCGUCUUGCUGGACACUCCCUCGGAGUACCUGGAAGUUGUCCGCGACAACCGCGGGCUGCUGCCGCCCCUCUACAAAUCCGUCAAAACGUACACCGUGUGA